AUGAAGGCCUUUCACCUCCUGGCAGCUCUCGCCGGUGCCGCCGUCGCCCAGCAAGCGCAACUCUGCGAUCAAUACGCCACCUACACCGGCGGCGUGUAUACCAUCAACAACAACCUGUGGGGCAAAGACGCCGGCUCCGGCUCGCAAUGCACCACCGUGAACUCCGCCUCCAGCGCGGGCACCUCUUGGUCGACCAAAUGGAACUGGUCUGGCGGGGAGAACUCGGUCAAAAGCUACGCCAACUCCGGGCUGACCUUCAACAAGAAGCUCGUCAGCCAGAUCAGCCAGAUCCCUACCACCGCCCGGUGGAGCUAUGAUAACACUGGCAUCCGCGCGGACGUGGCCUACGAUCUCUUCACCGCGGCGGAUAUCAACCAUGUCACUUGGAGUGGCGACUAUGAGCUUAUGAUCUGGCUUGCUCGCUACGGCGGCGUUCAGCCCAUUGGAUCCCAGAUCGCGACCGCCACGGUCGAUGGCCAAACCUGGGAGCUGUGGUACGGCGCCAAUGGCUCGCAGAAGACCUACAGCUUUGUGGCUCCGACCCCGAUCACCUCGUUUCAGGGCGACGUCAACGAUUUCUUCAAGUACCUGACGCAGAACCAAGGCUUUCCCGCCACCAGCCAAUAUCUCAUCACGCUCCAAUUCGGCACCGAGCCUUUCACGGGUGGUCCGGCCACGCUCUCCGUCUCGAACUGGUCUGCCAGCGUACAGUAG